AUGACUGAUGGCAACUCCAUGAACAACAGCUUUGGACCUUGCCCUGUCUUGCAAUUGCAGGUGACCAGUAAGAAGAUGAAUUAUAGUGGUUUGAAUGCCUCUUCUGAAGAACAUUUACUAUCCAAGGGAACCACAGAAAGACUCAACACAAGCUUUGGAGAAGGCUUCAUUUUGGUGGGCUUCUCAGAUUGGCCUAAACUGGAACAAUCCCUUUUUGUGUUUAUUACAAUUUUCUACUCUCUCACUCUCUUUGGCAACACCGCUAUCAUCAUUCUCUCCUAUCUGGAUGUUCGGCUGCACACACCCAUGUACUUUUUCCUCUGUCAUCUCUCCUUCCUGGACCUCUGCUACACCACCAGCACUGUGCCACAGCUUCUCAUCAACCUUCACGGAUCUGACCGGACCAUCACCUAUGGAGGCUGUGUGGCUCAGCUUUUCAUCUCUCUUGCCUUGGGCUCCACUGAGUGUCUACUCUUGGUGGUAAUGGCCUUUGAUCGCUAUGCUGCUGUCUGCAGACCACUCCACUAUACAACCAUUAUGCACCCUCGUCUCUGCCAGACACUUGCUGCCAUCUCCUGGCUGGGAGGAUUCAUGAAUUCUCUAGUUCAGACCGGCCUCAUGAUGGCCAUGCCCCUCUGUGGCCUUCAUUGCCUGAAUCACUUCUUCUGUGAGAUGCCUGUGUUCUUGAAGCUGGCUUGUGAGGACACACAAGGGACAGAAGUGAAGAUGUUUGUGGCACGAGUCAUCAUUUUAGUGGUUCCUGUAUCACUGAUUCUAGUCUCCUAUGUAUACAUUGCUCAGGCAGUGCUGAAGGUUAACUCAAUUGCUGGACAGAGAAAGGCUUUUGGGACUUGUGGAUCCCACCUCUUAGUGGUUUCCCUUUUUUAUGGCUCAGCCAUCUACACAUACCUCCAACCCACAAGUAGUUAUUCUCAGGGUGAAGGGAAGUUUGUGGCUCUUUUUUAUACCAUAGUCACCCCCAUGCUUAAUCCUGUGAUUUAUACUUUGAGGAAUAAAGAUGUGAAGGGGGCUCUGAGGAAGGUCAUAGGGAAAGGGAGAGAUUAA